AGAAUAAGGGGAUGGAGGGGAAUGUUGCGUGAAAGAAAUUAAUGCUCCUAAUAAUCACCAUACUGUUGUAUUAUUUUCAAUUCUGUAAAACAAACACCGAAACCUUAAUCUUCUUCCAUGAGUCUCCAAUGAUGAACAUGAAUCAAAAUCCUUGAAAAUUUGAAUUAAGGGUGGAAUGCAUACGAUUAUUUGCCAUUAUCCUCCAACUUUUUCGAAAAAUUCUUAAAAACCCUAAAUUUGAGGCUGCAAAUCAACUUGGCUUUCUGUCCAAUCGCUCCUAUCCAGAGGGAUUGAAUUGAAACAAAAUCGAAACGUUUGGGAAUGGCGAUAACAAAUUAAAAUUUUAAGAGCGGAUAGUGAUGGCGUAAUAAUAGAAAAAAAGACAAGUAGCCAGCAAAAUAAAUUAUCGAAACCGGUUAAACUCUUGAGCUGGAGGAAUUACACCGCGGGCUAUGGAGAAGACGACGGAGAGGACCAACCCAACGGCGGUGUUCAUGGCUUUCGGUACCAAAGGCGAUGUUUACCCCAUUGCUGCUGUAGCUGUGGCUUUUGCUUGCAACCAGAAACAAUAUUCUGUUGUUCUAAUUACUCAUGCAGCUCAUGAGAACUUAAGUACACAUUUGGUUCAAAAAAAUGUUGCUUAUUUUCCGAUUUCUUCGCCACCUGUUCUUUCUCCACAGGAAGGUUGUGAUGCUGCAGGAUCAUUGGAGUUUUCUGUAAAAAAGAGGACCAUUUUGACAGAGCAUAGACGGGAAUGCUUUUCUAUCAUUGAACAGAUCUUUAGGCAUGGCCUGAGUGUGGAGGGCGAUUUUAUUGCGAUAAAUUUCUUUGCACUGGAGGGGUGGAGCCUUGCGGAGCUUUUUUGUGUUCGCUGCAUCAUUGCUGCUCCUUAUGUUGUUCCAUACAGUGCACCUUCAUCAUUUGAGCGUUGUUUCAAAAGAAAACUUCCUCGUUUGUAUGAAUAUUUUCAAGAAGCUCCGGUUAACAAGGUUUGUUGGAAAGAUGUGAUCCAUUGGAUGUGGCCGCUUUUUACUGAAGAUUGGGGGUCGUGGAGAAGUGUGGAUUUAAAUCUGAGCCCCUGUCCUUUCACGGAUCCAGUGACUGGACUUCCAGCUUGGCACGACAGAUCUCCAUCACCCCUUCUACUGUAUGGAUUUAGCAAAGAAGUUGUUGAAUGCCCCGAUUAUUGGCCUCCAAAUAUUCGUGUUUGUGGGUUUUGGUUUCUCCCUAUCGAAUGGCAGUUUUCUUGCAGAAAAUGCGGAGAGAUUGCUGCUUUGACAUCUUCAAGGAAACUUAACACAAAAGAUGAUAUGUGUUCAUCUCAUGCCAGGCUACAUUCUUUUCUAAGGAGCACUGUGCCCAUGCCACCUAUAUUCAUUGGGUUGAGUUCUAUUGGAAGCAUGGGUUUCUUAAAGAACCCCCUAGCAUUUCUUCGGGUUCUACAAACUGUUUUGGAGAUCACAAGUUACCGAUUUAUUCUUUUUUCAUCUGGUUAUGAACCUUUACAUGCAGCGAUUCAUGUUGUUGCCGCUGAAACUUCAGUUAGUAUACAAUGUGGUGAAGAUGAGAUGUCUCUUUUUGGUGGUCGGCUGUUUAGCUUUUCUGGCACCAUACCCUACAACUGGCUAUUUCCAAGAUGUCUGGCUGCAAUUCAUCAUGGGGGAAGUGGAUCAACUGCAGCAGCACUACAUGCAGGAAUCCCACAGAUUAUAUGCCCAUUUAUGCUGGAUCAGUUCUAUUGGGCUGAGAGGAUGUUUUGGCUUGGAGUUGCCCCAGAACCACUGAAAAGAGACCACUUACUUCCAGAUAAAAUGGAUGAAAAGAGCAUAAGUGAAGCAGCAUAUUUGUUAUCCAAGGCCAUAAAUUAUGCACUAUCCCCUGAUGUCAAAGGGCGUGCAUCAGAAAUGGCUGAAAUAAUUUCUCUUGAGGAUGGAAUCGAAGAAGCAGUAAAUAUCCUCAAGGAAGAAGUGUGCCGUUCCAGCUCUGAUUCGCGUUAGACUUGGUGCUAUUCCCAUCUCAGAAUUUGCUACGACCAGGAGGUGCGGCAUUACUAUGCUUCCAUAGCUAACCCACUAGAUUCUAUGUUCUUACACUGCGGUAAGUUUGCAUUAUAACUCCUGCUUCUCAUGACCCCUCUUAUGUUUUUUUCACUCUUUUAUACCGGAUGGGCAUAGUGAGGACAGCUUUUUUAUUUUUUAUUUUUGGUGUUAAGAAAAUUCAAAACUUUAUAUCUACUGAAACACAGGUCAAAAUUGUAUUAUAUUUUAUAUAAAUUUUAAAUUUAAUAUCUAAAAUCAAUGUUUCCAAA